AGGAAAGGCCGCACUUGUGAAAAUCACAACCGUUGUAUUGAUCAACAUUGGUCUGAUUCAUAACCCACAGGAAAAGCCGGGAACGGGUCUAAGAGUAUGGAUAUCUAUACAUAGAACAGGAGCAUUAUGAAAUGCUACGAAGCACGGCCUUAUUGACAGAGGCUAACAUACCCUUGCUUUCGCUGUGAUCAUGAAAAUGUUGAUCAGUGUGGGGACAGUACGAGGUUGUUCGCCAGGACUGACACUGUGUUCAUCAACAAGCAGUCAAUGGAGGAGCUAGCGCAGCUAUUGAUCUACGGAACACUCACCACUUUCAUCUACUAUAGUGUAGAACGCUGGUUGGCUAUAUAUUGCUCCGCCCUGGUUGUCGAGUACAGCAAUCUCCAGCAGGCAGUCCGUCAGUUGAGACACCGAUACACAGUAGGCAUCAUGAGUUGGGGAUACACCACAGAGAAUGGACCAAAGACAUGGGUCAACAACUUCCCCAUCGCCGCUGGCCAGCAACAGUCUCCGGUGGACAUCACCUCGGCCAAUGUCCAGUUCGACGAGAAGCUGGCCGCCAACCCGCUUUCUGUCAAAUAUUACGUGGAACAGAACAUGGACUUCGAGAACACUGGGUUCUCCGUCAAGGCCAACAUCCGGGAACCGUCCACUAUCUCUGGGGGUCCCCUGGACAACACAUAUCAACUUGAACAGUUUCAUCUUCACUGGGGGUCAUGUGACGAGAGGGGCUCGGAACACACUGUAGAGGGCAAGACGUUCCCAGCCGAGCUUCAUCUAGUCCAUUGGAACCGUGACAAAUAUUCCAGCUUUGGAGAGGCGGCAGACAAGCCUGAUGGUUUGGCAGUGUUUGGCAUCUUUUUGGAGGUUGGUGCUGAACAUGCGGGUUUCAAACCUUUAACCGACGGCUUAGAAGCUGUCAAAUUCCGUUCCAAACAUGAGCAGGUCAAAGGCCAGUUCAACCCCAAAUGCUUCCUUCCAGAAUCCCUGUCCGAGUACUGGACUUACCCCGGGUCUCUGACCACGCCCCCAUGCUACGAGAGUGUCACGUGGAUUGUAUUUAAAGAACACAUGGUAGUAUCUGAGAGCCAGUUGAAGGCCCUCCGGAGCAUGUUUUGCGGGGACUGCGAGGGCGACUGCAUCGUUGACAACUACAGGCCCCCAUGUGAUCUAGGCAGCAGGAAGGUCCGAGCAGCAUUCAAGCAGUGACUGUGAUACAUUGUGGCUGUAACCAAACCUGACUGACACAAGGACUGGAGAUCAUGAUGACUGUCCCCGUUUGGUGGAAGGAAUUGUAGAACACUGCCGGAAAUAUUUGUGACUAUCAAAAUAUAGGAAUAGAGUGACAUUGUUCCAGAUUUAUAGAAUUACAGGAGCUUACUGGAUCUGGGUCAUAAACAAUAGACUUCAGCUUGAGUCAAUGAGCUGACACAUAUCUGUUGAGCAAAUCUUCGAGCAUGUGGAGCUGAACGAAUGUUCUUCACUAUAUUCAGGUCAUGAGUAGUAACGAAUGGGAGACCAGCAAGGUAAUUCACAGUUCCCUUACGGCACCAAACUGAUCGAACCUUCAUCGGGGGUCCCACCAUCAUUGAGUAUGAUUGUUUCUGGGUGAAUGGGUCAUGGUAUGUCAACAUUAAUGCAAUGUCUUUCAUCAUAUCAUAGUACGGAUGUCACUAGAAUUUUACUUUUACUAUUGCAAUAAAUCAGUGCCUAGUAUGUAGUUGUUGAUUAAAAUAUUUGCAAUGUU